GUGCGCAGCAGCCUUUUGCCCGGCCUCGCCACGGCACUGGUGGACUGCGUGCGCCAGCGCCGCCACGCGCCGGGGGACGUCGCCGCGUCGGCUGUGUUGCUUAUUCCCCACCUGCUGCAGCCGGACAUCCAUGAGCAGGUGUCGCACCUGCUCGCGCAGGACCCCGCCGCUGCAGACCCCUUGCUGGCCCUGGUCGCCGGCGGGGACCCGCACGGCGCGGUGCCUGCGCUCGCCCUACUGACAACCAUAGCCUACUCCAGCGCCCAGGCGGCCCGCUGCGCGGCCUGCCCCGCGGCGCUGGAGACCGCAGCGCAGUACGUCCUCAGCUCGGGCGUUGAGCCGCUGUCUGCUGGAGGUAUCGCCAUCAGAUUCAUGUCCGUCGUUGCAAUAGGCGACGCGCUCAAUGGCAGCUGCGCCAAGGCGCUCGUUGCCCAGCCGCGGGUCAUUAAAGCCGCAGUGCGAGCCGUGACGUCCGACGCGGCAGAGCGUGACACGGCGUACGAGGCGGCACGGCUGUUGGCAGCCUUGAGCACUGCCGGAGAUCAUGACAAGACACAGGGCGAUGACGUGACGCGCGAGCUGCUGCGCGCACCUGGCGCGCUCGCCGCCCUCGUGCGGCGCCUGUCGCCGCCGACGGAGCUCCGCACGCGGUGGUGUUCUGCGUUGAGUAUCAGCAUUGCCGUGGCGCGCGACAAGGAGGCCGCGCGCUUGGCUUUGCAGCUAGCGGUGAUGCGCCCCCUCUUUGCGCUGCUGGAGACUUUUGAGGCAGGUCAGUUGGCAGGCGAGGGCGUCCCUGAUGGCAGCCGUUCGGCUGGUGGCGGCCUUCAUCCCGAUUGGGUCGUCGUCUUGAUCGGACUGCUCGCGCUGGCAAAAGCAGCCGACGACGGCGGCGCGAGCUUCGCGCGUGCCGCUGAGCCCGUGCUGAGCGGCGUUGUCUGUACUCUGAUUGAUGCGGCCAGCCGCAGCGAGUCCCCCAACUGUGAGUCAGCAAUGUCCCUGCUGCGCAUCCUCGGCUCAAACUUCCCAGCGCGCGAGAUGUGUACGUCAGUGGGGCACAAGCCUCAUGUCGUAGCAGCCGCUGCACAGGUGCUGUGCGGUCUGCUCAGGGGAAGACAACCACACGAGCCCAUCCAGUUGCUGACCUUGUGUGGCAGCCUGCACACCCUGGGGAAUCUGGUGAUUCCAGAGCCCGGUGCCGCGGACAUCACACUGCUGAGUGUGCCGUGGGUUCCAGAGUUAACGGCGGCGCUGCGGGCGGUGGUGGCUGGGCCUUUGACUGCAGCUGAGAGCGGGAAUCAAGAUCAGGCACAGCUGCAGGCGAAUGAGGCUCGCGGCUCUGCCGGACACCAGGCCAGUCGAGAGGUGCGCCAGACUGCGACCGACAUCCUGCAGAGGCUUCAGGCAGCCCUGGGCGUCGCCGCGCAGCAGCAGCAGGAGCCGCUGCAGACGCAGCAGCAACAGCACCAGCAGCAGGAGCAGCAGGAGCAGGAGCAGCAGGAGCAGGAGCAGCAGGAGCAGCAGCAGCAGCGGCAGCGGCAGCAGGCGGCAGGGUGGCAUGAGCCGCAGGAGCAGCGACAACAGCAGCCGCCGUCAACGCAGCCACAGGCUGGCGCUCCUGCGGCGUCUCCAGCAGCAGGCGCGGCAGCUGCUGCCUCGGAGCGGUGCGCGGAGUGCGGCACAGGGGGCCGGCUGCGGCUGUGCCGCGGCUGCCGGGCGGUGCGAUACUGCGGCGAGGAGUGCGCCAGGCGGGCGUGGAAGGGCGGACACAGGGCCGAGUGCCUGGCGGCGCAGGCGGCGGGGCAGGCGGCGGGGCAGCAGCCGUCGG